ACCCCAACGGCUCGCGACAGCUGCUGUUGCUAUCGUCGACCUGCGUACCCACCCCACGGCCGUUUAUCCGACCUCAAUAAGUUGCGCAUCAUGGCUUCAAACGAAGCGCAACAAGAUUUUGGGCUAGAUGGGGUGCUUCAGGCUAUGGUGGCAAUGCGGGGUGGGCUCAACGAGAAGAAAAAAAAGGAGGCUCAUGAAUAUCUUGAGCUCUUCCAGAAGUCGAUGGUAGCAUGGACUACCACCAUCACGAUACUACAGUCGAAUGCUGAGGCGGAUGUCAAAUUAUUCGCUGCAACAACACUUAGAGGAAAGAUUACGUAUGACCUCUCAACCCAAGUUCCCGCUUCCGAGGUCCCAGCCGUGCGAACCCAGCUGCUUGCGCUCCUAAAACGCUUUGCGCCAGGCCCGAAGCCGAUAAGGGUGCAACUUUGCGUGUGCCUCGCAAUUCUAGCUAUACAGAUGCAGGAAUGGAAAGAUGUCCUACCCGUCGUAGUAUCUUCGCUUGGCGAUGACGUCGAGAGCCAUGCAUGCAUUCUGGACUUUCUCAGAGUCCUGCCGGAAGAAGUAACCGAAGGGCGCAAAAUCACUCUAACAGACGAAGAACUCAGCCAAAGAACUAGUGAACUACUAGAACAAAAUGCGCCUCAGGUGGUGCAGCUCUUGAUAAAUUACGCCCACUCAUCCCCGGCUGCUGCAACGAACCCCCAGCUAUUUGAUUGCAUCACGUCGUGGCUGCGUGAAGUUCCCAUCAGCGACGUCGUCAAAUCUCCACUACUAAGCAUCGUAUUCAAUGCCCUCGAAAGUGAUUCAUCAUUCCAGGCUGCCGCCGAUUGCAUUUCCACGAUGAUCAGGGAGACUAGAGAAAUUGACGACAACAUCGAAACCAUCCAAAUCCUUUUACCAAGAAUCAUCGCUCUACGACCGAAGAUACAAAAAUUCGUUGAUGAAGAUGAUACCGAAUCUUACAAGUCCCUCACUAAGUUGCUUGGAGAGGCCGGGUCCUCAUGGGCUGUUGCCAUUGCUCGAGAACCUACCCACUUCAGGCCUUUGGUCGACGCUAUCCUCGAGUGUGCUGCAAGGGAUAAAGAUAGAGAAGUCAUCGAAUUCACAUUUGACUUCUGGUACGACCUUAAACAAUAUCUCGUAUUGGAGAAGUACAUACAGGCUCGUGUGGAACUUCUAGAUGUCUAUGCAAAGCUUGUGGAUAUCCUGCUUACGCAUCUAGAGUACCCUGAGUCGGAGUCAGGCAACGAGAAGGAUUUAUUUGACGGGGAUAGGGAGGCGGAAGAAAAGUUCCGUGAAUUCCGACAUCUUAUGGGUGACACUCUGAAAGACUGUUGCGAAAUUAUGGGCGUUUCCGAGUGCCUCGCAAAAGUUCUCGAUUCCAUCAAAAUCUGGAUGGCAAAAUACGCGAGCCUAGCAAACGGUGCCUCGGUUCCUCAUUGGCAACAAUUGGAAGCGCCAUUGUUCUCUAUGAGAGCUAUGGGCCGUAUGGUUACCAAAGAAGAAAACACCGUGCUGCCGCAACUCAUGCCACUUCUUGUCCAGAUGCCUGCUCAUGAGAAGCUGCGAUUCGCAACAAUUAUGAUUUUGGGCAGAUACACCGAGUGGACCGCAGCACAUCCAGACUUCCUACAUCCCCAAUUCAACUAUAUUGUCGACUCUUUCGCUACGGAUUCAAAAGAAAUUGUACGCGCUGCCGCCAUGGCCAUCAAAUAUUUCUGCACGGAUUGCAAGCAUCUUCUAAGCGAACAGGUUGUCCAACUACAAGAGUUCUACAACGUGAUUUUAGACAAACUUCCCGAGCUGAGCCAAGAAGAGAUAACCGAUGGAGUUGCGACUGUCGUAUCCGUACAACCUAAAGCGGAAAUUUACAAACUUCUGAAGCUUUUCUGUGACCCCCUGAUCCAAAGGCUGAUGACAAAAGCUAACAACGCAACGGACAAUGAGGGGAAGAUAGCGGUGGCUGAUCAUUUACAAUUGAUCACUCUCUUCGCGCAAAACGUUGUGAUCCUUCCCCCCGUUGAACGCGGCGAGGAGGAUCCCGCUGUGAAAUAUUGGCAAGAAGUAUUCCCUGUACUAUCCAAAGUACUCGACAAUUUCCUCGAUUUCCCUCCUAUAUGCGAGAGAGUCUGUCGAUGCUGGAGAUUCAUGGUGAUAUCCCAUAGAGGAGCAAUGGCACCUAUUCUCCCUGAUAUGGCAAACCAAUUAGCAAGUGGAUUUGCUACGUCUAAACAAGGCUGUUUCUUAUGGGUGACUGGCGCAAUCUUGCGGGAGUUCUCUGAUGACCGAGAGCACGUAGAUUCGGCUCUGACAGAACAUAUUUACGUCUUCUUUGAAGCCCAGGCGACGAACGUUCUGCGUUUCAUUACCGAAGUGCCACCGCAGGAUCUUCCGGACGUUACGGAAGACUUCUUCCGGCUAGCGGUCGACGGACUUCUAUACUACCCUCAGAAGUUUAUCCCGUCUGCCUUAUUUGCUCCGGUAUUUGAAGCGUCCUUCUCCGUCCUUGUCCUCCAGCAGCGGGAACCCCUAUCUGCUACUCUCCAUUACAUUCGCGACGUCCUUGGAUGGGGUACUACAUACCCACCGGCGUCCAACGAGCAUCUCUCAGCCUCAGGCGUUGAGUACCUCAGAGAUAUCGUGAAGCAGCUAUUACUAGUCCAAGGAGAGACGUUGGUCAAACGCUUGCUCGCUGGUAUGAUGAUCACUUUCCCAAAGGAUUGCUACGCCGACGCGAGCGGGGCCCUCCUCACAUUGUUCGAGAUAUUCCCGAACCAAACGGCAACGUGGGUGGACCGAACACUUCGGUUACUGCCUCCGGGAACCGUCACCUCGGUGGAAGUCGAUCGUCUUAUGGCCAAGAUCAAAGAAAAGUUCAGUACCGAGGACACAGGCGAUGUUCGACAAAUACGCUCGAUCCUCCAAGAUUUCACCAAUACGUACAGAAGGAGAUAUGUCGCGCCUCGAGACGGCUUGGGAGAGUUGGAAGGAUCGCGAUUCCGAUUCACUGGUUAGUAAAGGGAUCGGUUUCGUUUAGGACGACCUAUUAUUUGUGGCAGCAUAGUGCCCUU